UCUCUCUGGAUACCAAGUGGUCUAAAACCAAGAAAGUUAUGUGAGAAAAUUCUCUUGAUACCCGAUGUGAAACAGCUGCUCACAUUAUUUCCUAUUCAUCGACAUAGAAACUGCCUUUGACCAGAAAGGAUUUUGCCAGUGAAAUUCCUUAGUGGAGACAAGAGGGAAAGGAAAAAAACCACACAAAGGUGUCAGCUUCAACCCACAGUAAAUAGUGCGGUGGUGGGGGGGAUAUUUUUAGGAAACCAUCGUGCAACCCACAGGGGGAAAAAGAAACAUAUAAUCAAAAGCAAAGGGUAAGACAUUACCUGCUUGCUAAAUCACCCAUGUUCAAGGCUAGGGAAGUUUAUGGAGGGGGGGGGGAAUUGAACUCUCCCUCCUUUGAAACUCACAGAUCAAUCGCUUGCUCCGUCUCACGUGCAUGGAUAAACUGGAUACGAGUUAUAGCUCCAGAGUCCAGGGUGGGGUCAUUUUAAAAUUGACAUGGGGUCACAUGUUUUGCAGAAGGGCAUUUGUAUGACAUCCCGGGGGAGUAUGUCAGCGAUCCGGGAAGAGAGAGGAGGUGGAGAGAGCAUUUGCUGCGAAAACGGUCUUGGGACAUAGAGGUGGAGAAAACGAUGCACUUCAUCGAACUGCCUCCUCUUUCCUAUCCCACGCAUUUAAAAUAGCAAAAAAUAGUGAUAACAAUAAUGACUAUAUUCUCCCCCCAAAUGCUCCCAGCCACGUUGUUAUGUCCCCGCUGGAGCUGACACUCAGAGGAGUUGGGGUGUAAAGUGCAGCCUGCAGCUGAGCUGUACGCCGGGCCUGUGCGCACAUCUCGGGCCGCUGUGUUUGACCCCACCCUUCGGCAGCUCAGAACCCCACUUUUCCUCGCAGUAGUCUCGACUGACCCCCGCCCUCGCCCUCCGCCUCCUUCCUUCUCCUCCUCCUUCUCUUCCUCCUCCUCCUCUCUCCCCUCCUUCCUCCAGGCAGUCACAAGAGAAGCUUCAGCUCCAGCCGGCAGAGCGCGCAGCGUAGGGCGCACGGAGCUUGCUGUCAGCUACCCACGGCCAGACUUCCCAAGGCUCAGCAGCAGGGCAGCCUGUCAGCCCGAGCUGCCAACGCAGCCAUCAUCGCACCAGCCCCAGCCCGGCCCGGGCGGGCGGGCAGCGGCUAACAGUGGCUGCUCAGACCGUGCUCACGCCUGUUUCAGGGCGCCGCCGCCUCCCCUUGGCCACAGCUGCAAGCCCCGUUGGAGGGCAGCUGAGAGAGGGACGGGGUGAAGGAGAAGCCAGCAAGUUAAGGUGACAAAGCUACUCAACUGCAAAGUUCCCCGGAGUCUGGUCACCGGGCAAAAUGGGAAAUGGCUCCGUGAAACCCAAACAGUCCAAGAUUCCAGAUGGCCAUGCUGGGAAAUUUUCCGGCACAAUUGAUGCUCUUCGGAGCAAAGUGAUAGAAUUGGAAAGAGAGCUGAAGAAGAAGGAUGAAGAGCUGCAGCAAAGGGAGUACCAUCUGCGAGAGCUGCAGGAAAAGCUCUCAAAGCAGACGAUUGCCCUCGCCGAGAUCACGGAGGAACUCCAGAAUAAGUGCAUCCAGCUGAGCAAGCUGCAAGAUGUAGUUAACAUUCAGGGAGGAAACUCACUGCUGUUUUCUCCGUGCAAAGUGUCUCUUCAGAUCAGCCGGAGGACCUCAGGCUUAGUCUCUCUCCACAGCAGGAGAGGUGCCAAGGAAGGGGUAUCUGCCGAGCCAACCACCAGGACCUUUGCAGACUUUUCAUUUGAGAAAGCGAGAGUCAGGAAGGACUCGAGUGACAAGAAGCUCAUCACAGAUGCCCUGAAUAAAAAUCAGUUUUUGAAGAGACUGGACCCUCAGCAGAUCAAAGAUAUGGUGGAAUGUAUGUACGGGAGAAACUACCCGCAAGGCAGUUAUAUUAUUAAGCAAGGAGAACCAGGAAAUCAUAUUUUUGUAUUGGCAGAGGGAAGAGUAGAGGUAUUCCAAGGAAACAAGCUUCUAUCAUCAAUCCCGAUGUGGACGACAUUUGGCGAGCUAGCCAUUUUAUACAACUGUACAAGAACGGCUUCAGUAAAAGCUGUUACCAACGUGAAGACGUGGGCACUAGAUAGGGAGGUAUUCCAGAAUAUUAUGAGAAGAACAGCCCAAGCUCGAGAUGAACAGUACCGACAAUUCCUUAGGAGUGUGUGUUUGCUGAAGAACUUACCUGAAGAUAAACUAACCAAGAUCAUUGACUGCUUGGAAGUGGAGUAUUAUGACAAAGGAGAUUACAUCAUCAGAGAGGGGGAGGAAGGAAGCACCUUUUUCAUUUUAGCAAAAGGAGUGGUGAGAGUCACUCAGAGCACCGAAGGCUACGAUCAACCUCAGCUGAUUAAAACACUGCAAAAAGGUGAUUACUUUGGAGAAAAGGCUCUCAUCAGUGAUGACGUCAGAUCAGCUAACAUCAUUGCAGAAGAAAAUGACGUGGCCUGCUUGGUUAUUGACCGAGAAACAUUCAGUCAAACAGUUGGGACCUUUGAAGAACUCCAAAAGUACCUUGAGGGCUAUGUGGCGAACCUGAACCGUGAUGAUGAAAAAAGGCAUGCCAAGAGAUCCAUGUCUGGCUGGAGGCAGGCCAAAGCUCUGUCUCUAGAGAUGAUUCAGCUGAAGGAGAAGGUGGCCAAAUUCUCCUCCUCGUCCCCAUUCCAGAACCUUGAGAUUGUCACCACACUGGGCGUCGGUGGGUUCGGAAGAGUUGAACUUGUUAAAGUGAAAAAUGAGAAUGUGGCAUUUGCUAUGAAGUGUAUAAGGAAGAAACACAUUGUUGACACUAAGCAACAGGAGCAUAUCUAUUCAGAAAAGAAGAUCCUGGAAGAGAUGUGCUCUCCCUUUAUUGUAAAAUUUUAUCGCACUUUCAAGGACAGAAAGUAUGUCUAUAUGCUCUUGGAGGCCUGCUUAGGUGGGGAACUGUGGAGUAUCCUAAGAGACAGGGGCAGUUUUGAUGAACCCACUUCUAAGUUCUGUGUUGCCUGUGUGACAGAAGCAUUUGAUUAUUUACAUCGCCUGGGUAUUAUCUACAGGGAUUUAAAGCCAGAGAAUUUAAUUCUAGAUGCUGAGGGAUACCUUAAACUGGUGGAUUUUGGAUUUGCUAAGAAGAUUGGAUCUGGACAGAAAACUUGGACGUUCUGUGGGACCCCGGAGUAUGUAGCUCCUGAAGUCAUUCUCAACAAAGGGCAUGACUUCAGUGUGGAUUUUUGGUCACUAGGAAUUCUAGUCUAUGAACUGCUGACUGGCAACCCUCCAUUUUCUGGGAUUGACCAAAUGAUGACUUAUAAUUUGAUUCUCAAAGGAAUUGAGAAAAUAGAUUUUCCCAAGAAGGUAACACGACGCCCUGAAGAUUUGAUCCGCCGACUUUGCAGGCAAAAUCCUACAGAAAGGCUGGGAAACCUGAAGAGUGGAAUCAAUGACAUUAAGAGGCACAGGUGGCUGAAUGGCUUUAACUGGGAGGGACUGAAGGCAAGAAGCCUGCCAUCACCCUUGAAAAGACAGCUCAAUGGACCCAUAGAUCACAGCUACUUUGACAACUAUCCCCCUGAGAAGGGAAUACCCCCAGACGAAAUGUCGGGUUGGGAUAAGGACUUCUGAAGGAAGUGAAGAGUUUUCUGCUUCCCACACACCGCAGAGGAGGCACAGAAGGAGCAAUCAUCCACCCUGAUGCCCUCUAGCAGUAUGAAGCCAUUUCAUGUGGAUGUAUUUUGUAAAGCCUGGCAGGGGAAGAGCACUCCUCUCCUGUGGAUGUAGGGUUUGUUGGGAGGGUGUUUGAAUUCCGAUAUCUAAAUGAGAAGCUGCUAGCUAGCCAUGAUAAUGAUCAACAAUAUCCUUCACUUUUCUGAAAUGUUGAAGGUUACCCCAAAACAGCUCCCAGAAAAGAAGCACAGGUUCUUCUCCCUUCUACUUGCCUUCCCAUCUUCCUUUCCUAUGAUUCCUUCAAAAGUAAAACGUAUUUGAGAGCCAACUAAGACAUCUUGUAGAGGGAGGAAGCAAAGAAAAAGAGGAAACAGCUAUGUCAUCUCAAGUCACCCCGCAGCCCUCCUUGUACCUCCUUAGAAAUGACUUAUCAUAGAGAUCUUGGGAGCUAUUGUUGGGUUCUAAGCAAAUAAAAAGAGGCUGGCAGUAUAAAGAUUCUGCUUGUAGCCUUCCGUCCCUAAAGUUUGAAAUGACAAUUCCAACUAAUUACAUAUGUCAAACACAGAUGCUGGAAACUGUGAAUAUUUGAAGAUUCUUUGACUUUUCUACUUUUAGUGAAAUACCUCUCAUGCCAGCUUUAGCAUAGUGCAGUUAUAAAAGUGAGACAGUGGAAAGAGUGAUGAAUUUUGAAUAUGAGGACCUGGGUUCAAAUCCUCUAUUUUCUACUUACUACCCAUGUGACCUUGCAGAAGUCACCUGUUUUCUUUUAACCUCACUAAAUGAGGGGUUUGGAGUAGAUGGUCAUUGAAGUUACAGUUCUAAAUUUUUGAUGUUAUACUGUAAAGUGAGCCCUGAUACCUUCAUGAAAGCAGUCCUUACUGGAAACAGUAUAACUGCUUGAAGGGAGUUACAAUGUAUAGGGAAGCAACACCUUCCCUUGGACAAUGGGGAAAUACUGCUUCUUCUUCUUCUUAUUCCCUCUGCUUCAUGCCCUUCAAUCUGUUUCUUCUCGUACUUAAAGUAAAAAGCACAUGGAAAUAAAACUGAAAAGGCAUUUAUUUAUCAUUUAAAAAAAAGAAAUAAAUUUCACUAGCUGGCUCUGGAGCUUUGAAAUAUUUUAGCCAUGUCUAUGAAUGUCCUCAUUAGAAAAUCAAAGGAAAAGACCAUUACUAUAAUUAAUUUGAAAGGAAAUUCAAUCAUGCAAAUGUUGAUUAUUAUGAUCAGCAAUGAGUCAAUAAUUCUUUAUAAAGACAUUUGAGGGCUGAAUGUAUUUUUUUUUCUUGAUUUAAAAUUUGGAAGUAAAACAGGAGCUUGGGGAAAAUAACAGAAUUUUAAAUAAACGAGUCAACGAGGAUUUCAUUCCCUUCCUUCUUACCACUGCCCUACCAAAUGAGAGAUCAACAGGAUCAUAGAUGUCAUUGAAGGCCAACAUUAGAACCACAUAAAUUCAUGCUAGUGAAUUCCACUGAAUGCUCACCAGUGGGGAACACCAUUAGUGAGAGUGGAGACUUCCCUCUCCCAUUUUGGCAGGACUCCUUAGUCUUACUUCGCACUGUGAAAUGACCUAGAGGCUCACUCCUCCAGUGAUCCCCAGUGUUCACAGAGUUGUCCCAAGUGCCAGUUCCAGAGUAAAGAAAAUCAGCUGUUUGCUUCUGUCUCUUCCCCUGCAGUAAUCAGCCGACACAAGACAGUCCCAGUUCAGGAAUGUUUAACUAGAGUAUUAACAAGAUGAGUUUUCUCAUUUGGGACCAUUUUGCUAAACCAAAGAAAACAUUUUGCUUAUGGAAUUCAUUUUAUAAAAUUGUAUACUGUAUAUAGUAGUGCCAUUUUUAAUAGGAUGGAGAUAUUGAAAAACUUCUAAGGUCUUUUAAAAUGCUUUUCUUUUCCCACUUGGUUUGUAUAUACUGUAAUUUUCUUGUAUGUUAAUGUGUAUGUAUACAUCUAUUUAAAUUAAGAAGCUACAAAUAUAGUAAGUGGAUGUAUUAAGUAUAUCUGUACAGUUCUAAUAACUACGUUUGCCUCAUAGGAUUUUCACAGCUGUUAUUCUUAGAGAAAAUGAAUAAUCCUAAAUUUAAAAAAAACCAGCAAAUUUGCCAUGCUUGUGAUUAUCCACCAUUACCUAAGUAAUUUCUUUGUGGGUAUUAUUGUGUUAUAACAGAUGCAGCUGAUGGUGCAGUGGAUAGGAUGCUGGAGACGGAGUCAGGAAG